AUGUCUUUGGAUAAAAAGGAAGAGGAAUGGGACAAGAUUUCCGAGGAAGUCUCGCCCGUGAUCAACUACCAGAACUGCUCGUGGCAGAAAACCGCUGGCCUCUUGUUUCUGGAGUACAUCUGCCUCGCCAUCAUGUCCUUCCCGUGGUCCUACUCGGUAUUGGGCCUCAUUCCUGGCUUGAUACUCACCGUGGGCAUAUCAUUAACAUGUCUCUAUACGGGUUGCAUUAUCACCGACUACUGUAUCACGUACCCGGGAAUCACCUCUGUGUGUGACGUGGGACAGCACAUUUUCUGGAACUCCAGGUUCGUGUGGUACGCCACGGCCGUGAUGUUCAUUUGCAACAACACCUUGAUUCUGGCUCUCCACGUUUUGGUGGGUGCAAAGUACUUCAGCACUAUCACCGACAAUUUCGACGGCGGCAAGAUCUACGUGUGCCAGAUAGCUUUCGCUGUGCUCAGCGGGUUCAUUUGUUUCUUGUUUUCGCUUCCCAGAACCUUUCUGUCCAUGUCUGCUGUAGCCUAUGUCUCUGCGGGCACGAUGUUCGUUGCUGUGGUGCUCUCCAUGGCGUUUGCGGGCGUCCAAUCGCAUCCUGCUGGCUAUGACGGCACCCCUGUCGAGUGGAACUUGUGGCCGGCCAAAGGAACUACAUUUGUCCAGGGAAUGUCGGCCAUGUUGAACAUCGUCUACACAUUUGUGGGCCAGAUCACGUACCCAUCGUUCAUCAGCCAGAUGAAGAAGCCCAAGGAGUUCAAGAAAGCCUUGUGGGUGGUGACGCUCUGUGAGUUGAUCACGUUUGCUCUUGCUGGCUCGGUGGUGUAUGUUUACGUGGGCAACAAGUAUAUGACUGCUCCAGCGUUCGGAUCACUCGUGGGCAACUAUAAGAAGAUCGCCUACUCGUUCGCUUUGCCCACUAUUUUGUUUUUGGGCUCGUUGUACUCGAACGUGACAUCCCAGUGGAUAUUUCUUAUGAUUUUCCGGGAGGGCAACAAAACAGAGAAGACCAUACUGUGCUCGGGUGGCUGGUGUGGAUCGGGCUCAAUGCGUUCAUUUGGGUGA